AUGAGUUGGAUCCGAUGGCAGGGAAGGCUGCCGGACAGACCUGUUCCUUUGGUUUGUUGGUCAGGUCUGGAUCAGAAUCACGGUGGGGAGUACGCUGCCUAUGAGGCCCUGAUUGAGAGGUUCAUAGCAGCUCUCAGAACCUGUGAGGUCACUCCAUACGUGCUUAUGGAUGGAGGCUCAGAUCUCACAACCAAGGAGCUUGAAACNGUUGGAAGUAACGACACACAAAACNCCCUGGAGGCGGCGCUGGAGCUGAUGGGAGAACUGAGCAAGAACAGCAAGGCAGAGCUGCUGCAGAAGCUGUCUGUUGGGAUGAAGGAAUACCAGCUGCCCUCCAGCUCCCUAACAGGGUUCUUCAUCCACGGGGUGGCCCCACUGUUCCCAGCAGUGGAAGAGGUGGUGGGUCUUGUCCCAGACUGGACUCGGCUGCAACUGAUGCAGGCCCGGCUGACCCCAGACGUCUUGGAUGUGUUGCUGCUGCGUAGGAUGAAUCUCAGUGUCACCAUGGGACAUAAAGACCUGCCCAGCGUUAACCUGACCUCCAGGCCGCUCCGCCAGGUGAUGUACGGGCUGCUGCUGGGCGGAGGGAAGUCAGUGCAGGUGGAGGAGGUUUCUGAUGUGAAGCUAAUGCUGUAUUGUUUCUCAACAGUUUGUGUUUUGUUUCUUGGGGCAGCAGCCACCAGGUGGCUGACGGCAUUUCACAGUGAUGCAGUACAACCUGUGAAUGAGGUGUGUGUCUGUUUGUGUGUUGCAGGUUUGCAGGCUGAACAUCGACGCAGUAAACUAAAGUUGGAUGUGGCUCAUGCCUUCAACCAGUGGCAGGUCUGCCUGAGGGACGCCAUCCACUUGAACCAGCUGCUGGGCUUCCCUCUGCCUGAGCCAGACGUUGCACGGUUGUAUCAGGGGACACUGGUCCACCAGCUGGUCCACAAGGUGAGGACAGGAUGCAAACUGAAGGCCUUCUUGAGGAGCGACCGGUCCAGCGUGAAGCAGUACCACGCCAUGCUGUCCAUCAUCCAACAGUUUUAUGCCCGGGAGGCAUUCACACUCUCGGAGACCCGUCAGAAAACGGUGGCACGGCAGCAGCCUCUCGAUGACCUCACGGUCAGCCUGCAGUGGCUGUACCAUGAUGAGGAGGCGGUGGCUGAAGCUGGCAUUGCGGUGCGAGCACUGGAGGAGCUGCACCUGGUUGACCAGGUGUUGGUGAGAACUCGCUACAGAACCAAGGAGAGGAGAAACAGGUGCAACAAACCAGAAAUGUCCCGGAAGGAGGAGUGCCGAGGACAAGACCUCCUCUGAUGAACAGCUCAGCACUGACUGCUCUUUAUUCAGCAGGAAGACAUCAGAAAUCCUGUCAGCUCACUCCAGGUUUCAUCUUUCUGCUACUCAGUGUAUUCCUUUAAAGAAAUCUUUCAUAGGGGUGACAAGAUGGGGGCAUAGGAAGUCUUGGGGUAGAACACAAAAACCCAAAGCCAAAUCUGAAUUUCACUCAUUUUACUAUGUUGUUGGUAUAUAGAUGCUAAAUGAGAGUUUAUGUGAAAGUACAUCACAUAAGUGCAGUUUAAGUGAUGAACACAUUAAUGCAUCAACAGUUUUAGUCCAGUCAUGGAUUGUAGACGUUUCCCUUUAUGAAAGUAAGAGACUGAUGAGAACAUAUCGAACCACCAGAACAUCUGCUGCACAUACGAUCACUGCAAAAUCUACGAAAAUUUACUUGAGUUAAAUUUCUCUGCAAACAAAAAUUUACAUGUCUGUAUGUCUACCAACAAUACAGACAUGAAACAGUUUAUUCACUGCAAAUUAGAACACAAGCAACAGUCAAACGCCUUGGAGAUGGGUUUGUCCAGCUGAAAACUCCUCAGGAAUGUUCACUUUUCUAUUAUCUAUUUUUAUUUAUUAUUUGUGUUGAUCUUAUUUCUUUAAUGUGAAUGUUUAAGUGAUGAGCAGCUUAUCAGGGCCUUUAUGUUAGACUGAUGUGGACUCUCUGCAGCUCCUUUUGUCACACUGGGCUUUACAAAUGUAAAAACGUUUUCAGAACCAGCAGAAACACCGUAAAAAUCAAGGUCGUGUUGUUUAUUGUGCUGCUCAUCUUGGCUGAAACAUCAAUUUGCUGUUUAAAAAAAAUUAAAAUAAAAUUUAAUUAAAAACACAAGUAUGUUAAAUUCCCAAUAAUAACCAAAAUAGUAUUUUUAAAGACUGCUUUUUAAAUCAGUACUGAACAUAUAAAUUACAUGUUAAUUGUGGGUUCUUUGAUGAAUAAUAAAGUCUUAUGGAGUGAAAAUCUGAAAAGUCUUUAAAUAUUUAACUAUAAGAGUGUUUGAUCUCUGUAUGGAAGUCUGCUGCUGCCAAUAUCAAAAUAAAAUCAUUCAAUAACAAAACCAA